AUGACCCGGACAGCACAGUACUGGGAUUUGGUGCACGCCAGGGGCCGUGUCGCAUACUUCAUUUCCACCCGCUCUUUGAAGAGGGUGCUGAAGCCCAUCUUGAAGCUACGCGCAGCGGAUGCAGCAGCUCAGGUGCUGCUAGAAGACGCGCAUGCUGCUUCUUUAGCGACUCAUGAACCUUCCAGUGAACUAACGCAGCAGCAGCAGCACCAGAAGCAAAAGAAACUGCAGCGGCGACGGCGUGUUGCACGGCCGCUUGCUCCCCUAUCCCACACCCUCUUAGAAUUGAUGUGUGGCUCUCGUCCAACCCACGUGAGACUGCUUCAGAGUGGCGCGGUUGCCGCCUACGUGGGCAUCGACGCCUCACAGCGGGCGUUGCACCUGGCCCGGGAGGCUUGCAGGCGGCAACUCUUCACAGGGAAGCCGCCGAGCAACGGUGCAGGAGGACCUGGCGCAGAAACACCUGUAGGGACGUUUGCAGCAGGACUUCGAGCAACAACGGCGACCUGUGCGCACGAGGGCGUGGGAAGCUGCAUAUUGCUGCGUCAUGACUGCCGCAUGCUAAGCGAGGAGCUGCCUUUGCUGCAGUCACGAUUCAUUUUGCUGGUCGCCGGGCUCGACGACAUCAUAGCUCGGAGUACUACAGACAACACAGACACCCGAUGUCCCUGUGACGAAGCGCUCCUUCACGUGCUUCACUCCGCCGCAUGCGCGUUGCCUGUGGGCGGCACUUUGCUGCUGAUAGAGCCCACUGUUGGGAGGAUCUGUUCCGCUCCCGAAUGGUUUGUGGUCCCUUCCGUCAAUUGUACUCCUCAUCUGUGUCUCUUUCUGUUGUUCAUUUGUCUCACUGCGCAGAGACUUUCAGCAAGAAAGCUUUUUCGCAGGGGUCUCCAAGGGGCCCUUGAGGCCCCCCAGACAGUACAGCAUGCGAUGCCUCUGUGCUACCGUCUUUCUCAUGUCCAACAGGCAGAAGAAAUGGCGUUUCUUCUUUGUCAGGCCUGCCAGGAGGGUGACUUACUCGCCACGACAAAGCUUCUGGCGUUAGGUGCAGAAGUAAACUGCAACGGCACCAGCAGCAGCACUACACCAUCUCCGCUGCACGCAGCAAUUGCUGCCGGAUCUCCCCAGCUCGUAGACUUGCUGAUCCGUCAGGGGGCCCAGCCAACGGUGGGGCCUUCCGGGGACCCUCUUUCUGUAGCUGCGGAGAUGCUGCUACAGGAGGCAGUUGCUGCCGGCCUACAUCUUCCCGAGGAGUUGAAGCGUAUGGACAGCAGCAGCGCGGGUGACCAGCCCACAGCAGCAGCUGGGGAUGCACCUGCAUUGCAGCAGUCGCUCCUCAGAAGUAUCACUGUCCUCUCGUGGGUGGAGGGGGAAAUGUCGACACUUAUGGGAGGGCCCGUACGUGGCUGCCCCUGCUGCAAGAAAGAUGACUUUCUGCAUACAGCAGCGGGUGUCCCUUCUGCCUCCUCGCUAAUUUGGCCCUUUGGAGAUCCGCUAGAAGCAGUCACGGGAGAAUAUCAGCUGGAGUUGACAGGGACUGCAGUGCACUAG